CAAAACACGGAAGUAUUGAUCACGUGACUAAAAGAUGGCGGACGACACAAACACGAAUCCUUUCCUGAGUGACGAAGACGAUUUUCUUGAAAAUGUGCCUGAAAAUGACAAUAAAUUGAAGGUUAAUGCAAAUGAGUCGCAAGAAGUAACUUGGGACUCUAUUGCCUCAAAGCUUCUCAAAGAGAAGUUAACGUUAACAGCAUUAGAACUCCAUACUGAAUUAGUUGAGGCUGGAAGGGAGCUACCCAGAUUGAGAGAUUUCUUCUCAAACCCAGGAAAUUUUGAAAGGUCUAAGGAAGAUUCUCCUCCGUCAACAUUACCAAGGACAUCUAGCAUACAAACUUUUGAUUCAUUGGAUUUUGCAAGGUAUUCAGAUGAUGGAGAAAGACAAGUUGAUGAAAGAGUUGCAGUUCUUGAGUUUGAGCUUAGGAAAGCCCAGGACACAAUAAAGUCUCUGAGAGCAAGUCUUACAAAAGAAACAGAGAAUGAGCACGUUGCCCAAGAGACUAUGAAAGAAGAAGGAAGGGAAGGUCUUUUCACUGAUGAUACUAUACGACCAAUGGAGAAAAAAGCUAUUAAUUUUGUUGUGAACGAAUAUCUUCUACAAAUCAACAACAAAAUUACUGCUGUAACCUUCUCUGAAGAAAAUGAGGAUCAAAAUUUUGAGGACUGGGAUGAUGUAGGUCUUAAUGUGCCACAACCGCCACCUUUACUUCACCUGUACAGAGACUAUAACAACCAUGUGAUGCCAGAUAAAGAUGUCUCACAUGUUGAAUGUCAGACAGAGGCUGAUGAUAACACUGCAGAAACAUUACAAGAAUCAGUCAAACAACUUGAAGAAGAGCUUGCAACUGUGAAGAAACAUUUGGGAGAGAAAAUUACAGAUUUGGAAGGGAGAUUAUUGUAUAAAGAUAAAGAAAUAAUACGACAAAGAGGUGUAGCAGAAGGGUCAGAAUCAGAUCCCCCAAGUCCUUUACAGGAGCAGUCUAUAUUUGAUGACAUUCCACCUGGAAGUUACUCCCCUGAUAACCAGUCUGAUCUGAGUGAGGAAGAAGAUCUGCAACAUUGUGACUGUGAUCACAGUUUAAAUGAAAAGUGCCCAGUCUGUGUCAGGGUGCAAUCUCCUGAGGUAUACAGACUGGAUUUUACUGAUGAGGGGGACCAGUCUGCAGAUCAGGAAGUAUUAGACCAGGUUAAUGAUGAGAAUGAAACAGGAAAUUCUGAAAAUGUAACUAAAAAGGUUGUGAAUGAUACAGAAAAACCACCUAUAAGUGAUAAAAGUGAUAAAACAGUGGUUAAUCCUGAUAAUUCCAUGCAGGAAUCCUCUAACAAAAUUGAAACUGAAAAUUCUGGUUUAGUUGCAAAACAGAGUAAAACAGUUGUUCAAAUGUCAAAAGAUCUGUCAUCAGGAAUAGAAAGUAAAGAAAAUGCAGGAAUAAAAGCCAAAAGAAAAGGGACCAAAUCAAAAGAUAUAUGGACAGAUUCAAAUGAUACAAGCAAAAAGAGACAUGACAUAUCAGAUAAUCGGACAGGAAGUAAAUCUAGUAGUAAUAGUAAGAAAGGAAAAUCAGAGAGUCAAGGUUGUGAAACUGAAAAGUCGGGUAGAAAAAUGUCAAAUGCAUUCAGCAAGGAAUUGAAGGAUGUUUGUUUUAAUGUUCCUAAGGAUAACAGGAUUAUUCUAGAGGUAUCACAGAUUACAGACACAGACACUCAGAAUGUUAUUCUCAUGUUGUCAAGGUGUCUGCCACAUAUCGUACCUAAUGUACUGUUAGCAAAAAGAGAGGAGUUAAUUCCCCUGAUAAUUUGUACAGCAAUGUUACAUCCUGACAGUAAAGAGAGGGACAAGUUGCUCAAUAUUCUCUUUAAUCUGAUCAAGAAACCAGAUGAGGAACAAAGGCAUAUGAUAUUGACAGGUUGUAUUGCAUUUGCUCAUUAUGUGGGACCAACAAGAGUAGAGGCUGAACUAUUGCCUCAGUGCUGGGAACAGAUAAGUCACAAGUAUAUGGAGAGGAGAUUGCUGGUAGCAGAAGCUUGUGGGGCUUUAGCUGGAUAUAUCCCUAGUGAAUUACGUAGCUCUCUGGUACUGUCCAUGCUACAACAGAUGUUACAAGAUGACAAGGAGGCGGAUGUUAGAGAAGCCGUAGUCCGUAGUCUCGGACUUAUCAUUGGGUUUAUAUAUGACAAGGACAAAUAUCCACAGGGGUCAGAGUUGUUGAAAAUGGCUCUUAAAGAUUCUGCUGAGAAAGUUGUAACUUCGGCAAUGCAGAUUUUUCUACCGUCUUUCGCAAUGUGGGCUUACGAGCUGGGAAAACUGGAACAUAGUUUGUUACAUGGGAUACUGCGGGACCUGGAAGAACUAGUUAAGGAUGUACCAUUUACACCAGCUGCGAUAACUUCCCAGAAGUCUCCAGGAGGUAUGAUACCACUAAAUGAAGGUCGGUUCCUGUUACAUGUCACUACAUUGGAAGAGCUGGUUCCCUUCCUGUAUGUCUCUGUACUAGAAAGUGGACCCUAUAUUGAUAAAUUGCCAGAAACCAUGGCUUCUUUGGCAGAUGGUGAAUCCACUGCAAGGAUCACAAGGUCAAAGUCACCCCUCACAGAUAUGACCAUAAUUGCAGGAAACAGAAAACGAUUGGUUGCUAUGGUGAAACUGUUUGAAGAACACAUUGAUCAAGAAUGGUUCGAGCCCUGGGAUAACCUCAGCUGGGUUGUAAAUAAUUUAAUACCAAGGUUGUUAGAGGUGGUAAUGGGAUCUGCUGUCACUUUCCCUAGAAUUGUUUCCUGUCUGGCUAAAUGCUUCUAUAAAAUCUCCACGACGUUUGGAAAAACGUUUGUUGAUAAAAAGGUGAAGCCUAGAUUUAUAGAUGUUUUGAUGAUGGGAGAAGAACAUAUAGAUCCGUCAAAUAGUUUUACAUCCAAUACAACUCCAUUUACAACAUGUGUUGUCCCUGUCUAUGCCAGUGGCGUACUCAGUGCCUUUAAUACAGAAGAAGACAAGAAGCAGCUGUCUCAGUUUUUACGAGAGGCGUUGUUCUGUCUGUCACUAUAUCAAGCACCUAAAGACAGUCUUAAGAUUGCUGUAACUGAGUUAUGUGCAAAUUCCAGCAACCAUGAAUUGUUACUGGAAGUGUUAUGGGAAGGUGUUGUACAUUCGUCACCACAGGUUCGAGCUACAGCUGCCAGACUGUUUGAGAUUGUAAUGCACAGUGUGAAUGAAUCUCUUGCAUCAGCUAGGUGCGUUCCUGCUCUCAUAACACUCGGGAGCGACCCUGUCAUAUCAGUGAGGGUUGCUACCAUUCCAGCACUUGGUACAAUAAUAGAAACUGUUACAACCAGAGAUAUAUUAGAGAAAGUAUAUAUGCAGUUGCAAACAUUCCUAGAUGAUCCAAUAUACAGAGAGGAGCAUGCGUUACAUCUUGAAUUAGUAUCCACAUUUGCACGUGUCGGACCUAAUGCUGAACAGAAAUUCAGGGAUGAAUUCAUGUUACCACGGCUUACAGCAAUGGCAUUGGAGAACAACAAUCAGACAAAUGAUGUGAAGAAAAAGGAAAUGGCUCUGCAGUUAUUUGAGGCUUACAGUGCUUUGUCAUGUUGCUUUAUCAAUUACCAGCUUGUUCAGGAAGCCAUGUUACCUGGACUAAGAUGUUUGAAACAGGAUAUGUCCCAGAUUGCGCCUGAACACGAGGAAGUUAUAGCGUCCAUGAUAAAAGAAUAUCAGUCUAAAAUUGAGACAUCCAGACCAGCUGACAAAAGCUCAAGCUUUACUGGAAACUUUGCAGCAACAGGGGAAGAUAUGAAAGCCAGGAUGAUGAAUAAACUGAAAGAGUCUACAACAAAAGCUAAUAUCUCAAGUCUUUUCAACAGAAAAAAGUAAAUUAUGAACACUUUUUGGUUUGAUGCUAAAAGUUUACAUUCUGUGAUUUUGAUUUCUUGUAUAUCAGCCUGGCGUUUCCAUGUUUGAGAUUUCAUCCGGCAUGGGUGCCAGCUGAGUCGCGUGCUUUACAAUUGUGUCACUUUGACGUAUUUAAGAAUCAAAUUGCGUGCCUAGGAUGACCUCAUUUUGUCGUGAUUAAUGAAGAUGUAAAUUCAUACUCUAUUGUAAGAAAAUAUAUCCUGGUGAAAUGCCAUUAAUUUCCACGGAAAAUGCCUUUAUUGAGGACUGGUAAAGAAUUUAAAAUAUGAUCGAAUAUGGCAUAAUAUGCAAGAAAGAGUAUCUGACUUAUGUUUGCGGUUCGGAUCGGAACCGCAACAUGUGACAGAUAGUAUUUAUAUCGAUCAGACAAUGAUGAAGUGAAAAGAAUUCCCAUAAUGAUAAACUAAGCUACUACUUUGUCUAUUGCACAACUUCAAUUUGGUGUCUUUAUUUGAUAUCCAAGUGUGUUUAUGCAAUAUAUUUCAAAUACUAAUCGAGUAAAAUGAAAAUAAGCCACACAAAAGGGAAGAAAAACUCAAAGCACUCUCCCUGACGCAAGUUUUGAUUUCAAAGAUUUUUCUGUUAUCCUCUUAAGUAAGUUACCCAAAAAUAUCCCCACCGAAAA